AUGUCGGUGUUUGAAGAAACCCGGCCCUUUGCUCAGCAGUUAUCCAAUGUCUACUUUACAAUACUUUCACUUUUUUGUUUUAAGCUUUUUGUGAAAAUCAGUCUGGCCAUCCUUAGCCAUUUCUAUAUUGUGAAAGGCAACCGCAAGGAAGCGGCUCGGAUAGCGGCAGAAUUUUACGCAGGACCCCAAGGACAAGGUUCCUGGGCAGACAGGUCACCACUCCAUGAAGCAGCCAGCCAAGGCCGUCUUCUCGCUCUGAGGACUUUGUUAUCACAGGGCUAUAAUGUAAAUGCAGUAACCAUAGACCAUGUCACACCAUUGCAUGAAGCCUGCCUUGGAGAUCAUGUGGCAUGUGCCAGAACUCUUCUAGAAGCUGGUGCUAAUGCAAAUGCAAUCACAAUAGAUGGUGUGACCCCUUUGUUCAAUGCUUGCUCACAAGGCAGUACAAGCUGUACAGAGCUACUUCUGGAAUAUGGUGCCAAAGCCCAGCUUGAAUCAUGUCUUCCUUCUCCCACACAUGAGGCUGCAAGUAAAGGUCACCAUGAGUGUCUGGAAAUAUUGAUAUCCUGGGGAAUAGAUGUCGACCAGGACAUCUGUCAUUUGGGGACUCCUCUAUAUGUAGCUUGUAUGUCACAACAGUUCCAUUGUGUCCGGAAGCUUCUAUAUGCUGGUGCGGAUGUACAAAAGGGAAAAUAUUGGGAUACUCCAUUACAUGCUGCUGCUCAACAAUCCAGUGAGGAAAUUAUAAACUUAUUGAUAGAAUUUGGAGCUGAUAUUAAUGCCAAAGAUUCAGAGGGCCGGCGACCUAUAGAUGUAGCUACAUCCAGCAGUUCAGUGGAACGAUUAUUGCUUCAACAUGAAGUAACACCCUGUUCGCUUUGCCAACUCUGUCGACUUUGUAUCCGAAGCUAUAUCGGAAGAUCAAGACUACACCUAAUUCCACAACUCCAGCUACCAACCUUACUGCACAAUUUCUUACAGUACCGAUAG